AUGUCUGUUCCUAAACGUACAGCGGAUGAAAGCCUAGAGAACGAGACUCCCACUAAACGUCCGAAGGAGAAACAACAGAGUGACCUGUUCAAGUUCUUCUCUUCGGAUUCGGCAGCGGCGUCGAGCACCACACUGCCGACGCGCUAUGUGCCUGGGCCAUUCGUCCCCGUCUCUCUGCCCUUUCGACCGAAGCCGUAUAAACCAGGAGAGAUACCAAUAUCAUCUCAGGCGAAUGCGACCGGGGAGUUACCCUUCAAUGAAGACCCUCCGAACCCGUUGAUCACGCCCGAAAUGCUGGCCCGAGCGCGUUUACCUCCGCCUGGUCCAUUUGUACCAGCAUCUCUGCCGUUCAUUCCGGCACCCUCGUCCGCGGGAGUGUCCGCGAACUUGAAAGGGGUCAUCAAUAAGGCUCAUUCCGAGGGUUCAACCCAUAACCAUAUGCCCCCUCAAGCAGCAAGUGCCGCCAAGGCACCCACGCAAACUACGCUUCCCUUCCAACUUCAAGCGAAACCUGAAGAUGAGGUUCGCGUGAAAACGGAGCUACAGGACGAUUCCGCGUUGCUCUCAUCAUCAGCGCUAGAAACCGCUACACCUCUUGGGUCUUCGACAGCAGGUGCUACUGUCAAGGUUGAACCUGAAACUGAGCCUGCAUUGCGUCCUCUCUCAGAACCUGCCGCGUCCACAUCGACAGUGCUCGCCGCGCCGAAGACAGAGACGACCGAGGGCAACCUGGUAGACGCAGCGCAUCGUCCUUUCUAUGUGAUAGCUGCUCAUGCUGGUGCAGGUGUACACCCACCCGAACUCGACUCGACAACGAAAGCUACAUUGCGAGCAUCCUUGUCUUCGCCCCCACAGACGGACGCAAUCUCUGCCGCAUGCUCCGCACUCUCUGUGCUAGAAGCAGCGCCCCAUCUGAAUGCUGGCGUCGGGUCAAAUCUCACCUUCGACGGACGCGUCGAAUGUGAUGCGUCUCUCAUGUGCGGCGAAACGGGCUCAUUCGGUGCUGUAGGAGCGCUAAGCGGCGUACCUCGACCUAGUGAUGCCGCUCGAGCAGUUUUGGAAUACAGCAAACAAGGCGAUGUUCUCGGGAGAGUCCCUCCGGUGCUCCUGGUUGGCCCGGGUGCUCGUGAUUUUGCCCUUGAACAUGGGGUGAAUGGGUGCGAAGACAACGCCAUGAUCGCUGAGGGGGCCAGGAGGGACUGGGAAUACUGGAAGGGGCGUUGGGAGGAGACACGGAAGAGGGAUUUGGAGGGUAAAGACGGGCAGGAGGUCAGAGACGCAUUGGCUGUUCGACAAGAUACAGUCGGAGCUGUUGCCCUUGGCUUUGGAGAUUCUCCAACGCUGGCAGCGGGUGUAUCUAGCGGUGGAUUGCUUCUUAAGUCUCCCGGGCGUGUUGGCGAGGCUGCGGUUUACGGCGCGGGAACAUGGGCAGACGCACGGGUUGCGAUCAGUGUAUCCGGUCAAGGCGAACUGAUCAUCAAGAGCAUGAUGGCAAGGACCAUCGCUGAGGCCGUCGAGGACGCCGGAGAAGAUAUGGACAUACUUGACAUCCUGCAAAAAGUCAUCGUAGAUGGGUUCUAUAAGAAGUGGAAGACACGUGGAGAAAUACGGCCGGAUAUUGGUGUCUUGUUGCUACAUAAGGAUUGUGGGGAAUACGGGCGACCGAUGGGUCACUUGUACUGCGCCUUCACCGCCCCUUCCAUGGCGAUCGCAUACGCUACUUCCGCGAAUCCUAAAGCGAAGGCUUUCGUCUUGCGCAACAAUAUGAACGCGCACUCGCAUAGCGACCAUGAGAAACCACCAUUCUACAUCACCCAAUUUCCAAUCUAG